AGAUCCUACCGUGCACUCAGCCCGCGCACCAAAGCCGCCUUCGGCGCCGGCCUGGUCGUCUGGGGCCUGCUGGGCCUGUACUUCACCGACGUGGCCGAGGCGAAGCUGGGGCUGACGCCGAGCGAGGCCGACCGGGCCGCGCUGGAGCGCAUGACGCCGCGCAUCCACGCGGUGCCGCGG